UCGACUGCGCCGCUGAUGCAUCAUCGCGGGCGCAAGCAUACAGUCUCGUGUAUCAAACCAGCAAGAAAAAUGACUUGAAGAAGAUUGUUACGUUUUGUGUGAUGAGAUUAAAGGAUCGUCUUGUCAAAAAUGAAGAGAGCUAACGAAAUAAUGGCUGGAGGGAGGGAGAAGAAGAAGACAAAGGACGAUGGAAAGAUGGAGUCCUUGUACCGACCGCUGACAAGUGAAGAACUCGGCGAGUUAAAAGAGACGGAACAGCUAUUCCACUCAAGUCUGAUACGACUUCAGAUAAAAGAACUCAUUGAAGAAAUUCAAAUCAAAAAGAAAAAUGAAGCUCUUGAGGAUACACUCCAUGCAUUAAAUGAAGUUCUUCUGGCGAUACCAGAUGGGAAAAAAGAGUAUGAGGUACAGUGUAAAACAUGUCUGAUAUAUUAAAUGGGGUUCUUCUGGCGAUACCAGAUGGAAAAAAAGAGUAUGAGGUACAGUGUAAAACAUGUCUGAUAUAUUAAAUGGGGUUCUUCUGGCGAUACCAGAUGGAAAAAAAGAGUAUGAGGUACAGUGUAAAACAUGUCUGAUAUAUUAAAUGGGGUUCUUCUGGCGAUACCAGAUGGGAAAAAAGAGUAUGAGGUACAGUGUAAAACAUGUCUGAUAUAUUAAAUGGGGUUCUUCUGGCGAUACCAGAUGGAAAAAAAGAGUAUGAGGUACAGUGUAAAACAUGUCUGAUAUAUUAAAUGGGGUUCUUCUGGCGAUACCAGAUGGAAAAAAAGAGUAUGAGGUACAGUGUAAAACAUGUCUGAUAUAUUAAAUGGGGUUCUUCUGGCGAUACCAGAUGGGAAAAAAGAGUAUGAGGUACAGUGUAAAACAUGUCUGAUAUAUUAAAUGGGGUUCUUCUGGCGAUACCAGAUGGGAAAAAAGAGUAUGAGGUACAGUGUAAAACAUGUCUGAUAUAUUAAAUGGGGUUCUUCUGGCGAUACCAGAUGGAAAAAAAGAGUAUGAGGUACAGUGUAAAACAUGUCUGAUAUAUUAAAUGGGGUUCUUCUGGCGAUACCAGAUGGAAAAAAAGAGUAUGAGGUACAGUGUAAAACAUGUCUGAUAUAUUAAAUGGGGUUCUUCUGGCGAUACCAGAUGGAAAAAAAGAGUAUGAGGUACAGUGUAAAACAUGUCUGAUAUAUUAAAUGGGGUUCUUCUGGCGAUACCAGAUGGGAAAAAAGAGUAUGAGGUACAGUGUAAAACAUGUCUGAUAUAUUAAAUGGGGUUCUUCUGGCGACACCAGAUGGAAAAAAAGAGUAUGAGGUACAGUGUAAAACAUGUCUGAUAUAUUAAAUGGGGUUCUUCUGGCGAUACCAGAUGGAAAAAAAGAGUAUGAGGUACAGUGUAAAACAUGUCUGAUAUAUUAAAUGGGGUUCUUCUGGCGAUACCAGAUGGAAAAAAAGAGUAUGAGGUACAGUGUAAAACAUGUCUGAUAUAUUAAAUGGGGUUCUUCUGGCGAUACCAGAUGGGAAAAAAGAGUAUGAGGUACAGUGUAAAACAUGUCUGAUAUAUUAAAUGGGGUUCUUCUGGCGAUACCAGAUGGAAAAAAAGAGUAUGAGGUACAGUGUAAAACAUGUCUGAUAUAUUAAAUGGGGUUCUUCUGGCGAUACCAGAUGGAAAAAAAGAGUAUGAGGUACAGUGUAAAACAUGUCUGAUAUAUUAAAUGGGGUUCUUCUGGCGAUACCAGAUGGGAAAAAAGAGUAUGAGGUACAGUGUAAAACAUGUCUGAUAUAUUAAAUGGGGUUCUUCUGGCGAUACCAGAUGGAAAAAAAGAGUAUGAGGUACAGUGUAAAACAUGUCUGAUAUAUUAAAUGGGGUUCUUCUGGCGAUACCAGAUGGAAAAAAAGAGUAUGAGGUACAGUGUAAAACAUGUCUGAUAUAUUAAAUGGGGUUCUUCUGGCGAUACCAGAUGGAAAAAAAGAGUAUGAGGUACAGUGUAAAACAUGUCUGAUAUAUUAAAUGGGGUUCUUCUGGCGAUACCAGAUGGGAAAAAAGAGUAUGAGGUACAGUGUAAAACAUGUCUGAUAUAUUAAAUGGGGUUCUUCUGGCGACACCAGAUGGAAAAAAAGAGUAUGAGGUACAGUGUAAAACAUGUCUGAUAUAUUAAAUGGGGUUCUUCUGGCGAUACCAGAUGGAAAAAAAGAGUAUGAGGUACAGUGUAAAACAUGUCUGAUAUAUUAAAUGGGGUUCUUCUGGCGAUACCAGAUGGAAAAAAAGAGUAUGAGGUACAGUGUAAAACAUGUCUGAUAUAUUAAAUGGGGUUCUUCUGGCGAUACCAGAUGGGAAAAAAGAGUAUGAGCUUUCAGACAUGUCAUGGCUGCCUCGCAAAGUUGUCUUCCCACUCCCCCCUACACCCUCUCCUGUUAAGGGGAAAUUUAAAUUCUUGAAACCCUCAGCUGUGAAUAUCGUAGGGAGCUAUCAACUGAAGACAGCAAUAAAGCCUUCCUUUAAUGUGGAUGUUUCCAUCAAUAUGCCAAAGGAAUGCUUCCAAGACAAAGAUUACCUAAACAUGCGCUACUUACACAAGCGAGCUGCCUACCUCUGUGUGGUGGCUCACCAUGUCAUAAAAAGUAAACUAUUUCAAACUGUACGAUUUGUUAACACUGAUGGAGAUAUCCUAAAGCCAGUGUUAUCUCUAAAGCCAAAAGGAAAGGCAGGUAAAAAUUGCACAGUACGCAUCCACCCUGUCAUCUCUAAUGAAGUCUUCAAGCUACAGCGACUAGCUCCCAACAAGAGCAAUGUCAGGCUUAACUGGCUUUUUCCUGAGGCUUCCUCCAGUUCAGAUAUAGAGUCAGUGCUUCCCACCCCACAUUACAACUCACUGAUUCUACGCGACAUGGUACUGGGAGGCCAUCUUCGCUGCCUGUUUCAGUGUAUGAAUGACUGUCCUUCGGCUCGGGAAGCCAUUAUGCUGCUCUCUGUAUGGCUGCGGCAGCGUGAACUGGAUGAGGGCCAAGGUGGUUUCAGUCGAUUUCUUGUGUCAAUGGUAGUUGCACAUCUUCACACAACAAGGAAAAUUAAUUCUUACAUGAGUUCUUACCAGAUUGUGAGGAUAUUUCUACAGUUUAUCAGCUCUAGUGAUUGGACAACUUGCACAGCAAUAAAGAAAGAUCAAAAUUCUGAUGAAAACAACUUGCCCUCUCUUUCAUGUCACCAUGCAGCAUUCGAUGUGGUGUUUGUUGAUCCAUCUGGGUACCUAAAUCUCUGUGCAAAUGUCAGUAAGUCCACCUACUACAGAGUUCGCCAUGAGGCAAAGCUUUCAUUUCACCUAUUGGAUGACAGAUUUGUGGAUGGUUUUUAUGCAAUGUUUAUGAAACCAGUCCCCUUUAUGCAGAAAUUCGACCAAUGCUUCAGUUUGGCCAACAUAGAAUGCCUCAAAAAUGUCACGGAGAGGGUGGAACUGCAGCCCAGUAUUCUUAGCCAUGCAGGGGACUGGGUCCCAGUAGCUGUAUCAUGGCUGGUAGAGCUGCUUCACAAAGGACUCGGAAAGAGGGCAGAAAUGAUAUAUGUCAAACCCUCAGCAUGCAAAGAGUGGUCUGUGCGUGAGAAUCCCCCCACCCUGCAACAGGACAGCGUGACCAUUGGUUUGAUACUCGAUACUGAUCACUCAGACAGUAUCCUGGAUUAUGGUCCCCCUGGUGAUAAUACACUGGAAGCUGCUAUAUUCCGUGAGUUCUGGGGAAGUAAGUCAGAGCUGAGGAGGUUCAAGGAUGGGUCGAUUCUUGAAGCUGUUGUAUGGCCGAGUAGCUCUGCUGGUGAAAGACGAACAGUGUGUGAACGUAUUAUCAAAUACUUAUUGAAUAGACAUGGUAAGGUUGAGCCAGAAAUGGUCAGGUUUGUGUCCAGUCAGCUCGACUGCCUCCUGCAAAGGAACAAUGGCACCUCCACUACCCCGUCUGAAAGCCAACAGGCUCCUACAAGCAGUAGUAUACAAGGGACUGGGGAGGAGAGCAUGAGUCUAGUGAUCAAGGCCUAUGACUCACUAUGUAAGGACAUUCGCGGUUUGGAGUUGCCCCUGGCGGUUCACAGCUUACAGGGGAUCAGCCCGAUUUUUCGUGGAGCUGAGGUCCAUCCACCAAACCCGUGCAUCAGUAGUCCACAAUCCAAGAACAGCCACCAAGACAAAGAAAACAACAGGAAUAUGGCAUCCAGCGUGGCAUUACCAACAGACUCUAAGGUCCCACCAUGGUGCCCUGUCAUGACAGUUCUACUUCAGUUCGAGACAAGUGGGAAGUGGCCAGAUGACCUGGCCGCCAUCAAGCAUGUGAAGGCCGCCUUCCACAUCAGACUGGCGCAACAACUCAAGGAGAAACUAGGUCUUGUUGCAGCCACCUCGCCUACAUGUGUGGAUGUGGUAAAGGACGGUUUUGUGUUCAGGGUCAAGAUAGUCCACUACCGUGAGAUGGUGCUACUGCAGGAGCCUGGGGAUGAAAUUGACUCGCACCUGCGGCAAUCUCAAGCGGUUGCCAUGGAGAAGGAGAUUGUUUGGCUGCCAGCGCUCACAAGCACACUGCACGGUAUUCAACAGCAGUUCGUAGCGUACAGCGGUUGCGUUCGCUUGGCCAUGCGCUGGGUGUGCAGUCAGCUAUUGUUCCCUCACUUCCCCUCUGAGUGCGUCGAGCUAUUGGUAGCGAGUCUAUUCCUCUCACCGGCCCCGCUCACCCCUCCCCACUCUGCACUAUGUGGGUUCAUGCGCUUCCUCCACGUGCUGGCCACGUGCGACUGGAAGACGACCCCGAUCAUUGUCAACUUCAACAACGAUCUUACAGCCGAGAAUUAUCAGGAAAUCUCUUCCAAGUUCAGCAGCAACCGUGCACAUUUGCCACCACUGUUCAUAUCGACGCCAAAAGACAGGUUCGACUCCAAGUGGACCCGUAACGCACCCAGCCGUAUGAUUCUCCAGCGGGUGCGCGUGUUGGCUCAAGAGUCGUACAAUGUCAUGAAAGAGACUCUUGAAUCUACGGAACCUCCAGACCUUAAGCCGAUAUUCCGACCACCAAUUGAUGGGUAUGACGUCAUCAUCACGCUGCACUCCCGUAUGCUGCCACGCCGGGACGAGGCUGUCGAUGUUGACAAGCCACUGAAGAAGAAAGCCCACAGUGCUCGUAAUAAAGCUGAUGAACUCCCUGUGGUGGACUUUGACCCCGCUGAAUGUUACCUCAGAGAGUUGCGGGAAGCUUUUUCAGACAUUGCGUUGUUUUUUCACGACCCACAUGGUGGAGAUAUGAUCGCCGUUUUAUGGAGGCCGAACGCUUUAUCGCCGGCUCUAUUCAAGGUGCUUCACGCAGAGUACAAGGCUCCUGUCAAGGAAUCCUUGACCAGUUCAAAGAAGCGGACCGCGCCUGCGCCGACAGUCGAACCCAACAUUCCCGCCAUCUUGGAGGACUUCAAGAUUAUUGGAGAAGGACUGGUGAAGAGUGUUCAAUCAUUAAAGAAAAACACUGAUCAGUAUAUGAACACACCAUGAAGAAAUGAAUGGAGAACAUUGAUAUUCAGACGUAGCAGCACGGGCUAUAAGAAAAUUUUACUCCGAAAUAAUGUCUAAUUAUUGUUGAAUAAAUCACGUAUUCCCACCUAA